AUUUGCAAACAGUUGCCGCGCUGGUCUGUAACCGCUUUAUCUAAUAGUACCGCGUUUUCACAAACAAUUGUUGUAGUUAUAAAAAUUGUAGAUAUUUUAAAAAAAUUAAAAAAAAUGGCUGAUAGUUUUGAUGAUUUAUUCGAUUGCUUUAGUGAAUCAUUAGAGGCCCAGAAAGAAACAGCAGCAGAUUUGAAAAAUGAAACAAACGAUCUUAGAAAUCAACUUAAACGUGAGUCUGAAGGCACUUCUCAGCAGUCUCAAAAGAGAACUAAAAUUGAUACUGAUGUUGACUUUGAUGACAUUAAUUUUGAAGAAUUGAGAAAUCGGAUAGUAGUUCACGAAAUAGAAUCUCCUGAAUCAUGUACGCAUGAGGUUGCCUGCCCUCCAGGUUAUAACUUUGUUCCAUUACAGUCUCGGAGUACAGAACCAGCAAAAAUUUAUCCUUUUGCACUUGAUCCUUUCCAAAAGGAGUCAAUAUUAUGCAUUGAUAAUAAUCAGUCUGUUCUGGUCUCAGCUCAUACAUCAGCAGGCAAAACAGUUGUUGCAGAGUAUGCAGUAGCAGUAUCUUUAAAAAACAAACAAAGAGUUAUUUAUACAACUCCUAUUAAGGCUUUAUCAAAUCAAAAGUAUAGAGAAUUUUAUGAUGAAUUUAAGGAUGUGGGGCUUGUAACAGGUGAUGUUACAAUUAAUCCAACUGCUUCAUGUCUUAUUAUGACUACUGAGAUUUUGCGUAAUAUGUUAUACAGAGGCUCAGAAAUAAUGAGAGAAGUUGGUUGGGUAAUAUUUGAUGAGAUUCAUUAUAUGAGAGAUAAAGAACGAGGUGUUGUUUGGGAAGAAACAUUAAUACUGUUGCCACAUAAUGUCCAUUUUGUAUUUCUUUCUGCUACAAUUCCAAAUGCGAGACAGUUUGCUGAAUGGGUUUCUCAUCUUCAUCAACAGCCUUGCCAUGUUGUUUAUACAGAUUAUAGGCCUACACCUUUACAGCAUUUCAUUUUUCCUGCAGGAGGACAAGGCAUUCAUAUGGUUGUUGAUGAAAAUGGGACAUUUAAAGAUGAAAAUUUUAAUACUGCAAUGGCAGUACUACAAAAUGCUGGUGAUGCAUCCAAGGGUGAUCAAAGAGGGCGCAGAGGAGGAGUAGCUGGGAAAAAUCCUUCAGAAACUAAUAUUUUUAAAAUUGUGAAAAUGAUUAUGGAAAGGAACUUUGCCCCUGUAAUUGUUUUUAGUUUCAGCAAGAAAGACUGUGAAUUAUAUGCUAUGCAAAUGACUAAAUUAGAUUUUAACACCACUGCUGAAAAGCAAUUGGUAGAUGAAGUUUUUCAAAAUGCGAUGGAUGUUUUAAAUGAUGAGGACAGACAUCUUCCACAAGUGGAAAAUCUACUUCCAUUAUUAAGAAGAGGUAAGAUUUUAAGAAAGUCAUUAUGGCCUUUUUCUAUUGUUAUUCAGAUUAAAAUUCAAGACGCGGAAUAUGACUGGGGUGUGAUUGUUAACUUCAAAAAGAUCACCGACAAUCCCCCCGGUCGAAAGGGCAAAACAAACACGUUGGUUACCAAGCUGCAAGUUGACCUGUUGCUGCAUGUCAUAUCUGAAGGCAAAGGCGACACUGACGGCGACGAUACGGACAAUUUGAUACCUAAACCAUGUUCUGAGGACCAGAGCGGUGAAGUAGAGGUUGUUGCAGUAUGUUCAAGUUUAAUAACUCACAUAUCAUCAGUUAGACUGUAUUGCCCAAAUGAUUUACGAUCAAGAGACAGCCGGAAGGGAAUGUUUAAAGCUGUUAAAGAAGUGAAAAAACGGUUUCCCGAUGGUUUACCAUUACUAAAUCCUAUCACCGAUAUGAAAAUUGAUGAAUCUGAAUUUUUGGAUGUCGUUAAAAAAAUUGAAAAUCUUGAGAAAAAGAUGUUCGAUCAUCCUAUGUACAAACACCCUCUACUUGCCACUGAAUACCCCAAGUACGAAAAAAAAAUUGUUGUACAAGAAGAACUUACUGUAGCUAGACAAAAAUUGAUGGAUGCCAAGUCCGUUUUACAACUGGAUGAGCUAAAAUGUCGAAAAAGAGUACUGAGACGACUUGGUUAUUGUACCAAUACGGACGUAAUUGAAUUGAAAGGGAGGGUUGCCUGUGAAUUAAGCAGCUCAGACGAGUUACUUUUAACUGAAAUGAUUUUUAAUGGUGUUUUUGGUCAACUAACGUCUGGCCAGUGUUGUGCUCUUUUGAGUUGUUUUGUUUGCGAUGAAAAAAGCAAUGAUGCCCCUAAAUUAACUGAAGAGUUAUCUGGACCUCUUCGACAAAUGCAGGAAUUAGCAAGGAGAAUAGCAAAAAUUAGCAAUGAAGCUCGUCUUACUUUAGAUGAGGAAUCAUAUGUGGAAAAAUUCAAGCCCUAUUUAAUGGAUGUAGUAUAUGCUUGGUGCAAUGGAGCUUCUUUCAGCGUUUUAUGUAAAAUGACUGAUAUUUUUGAAGGUUCUAUUAUAAGAUGUAUGCGAAGACUUGAAGAGUUAUUAAGAGAAAUGGUUCAGGCGUCGAAAACAAUAGGAAGUUCAGCAUUAGAAGAAAAAUUUAUUUCCGCAAUUAAAUUGAUCAAACGCGAUAUUAUUUUCGCAUCUAGUCUUUACCUAUAAUGUUGCGAUUCUUUCACAGAAAAGACUUUAUUCCAAGAAUUGGUAGGACGGAAAGAACUCCGUUUCUCUUCUUUUUCUAUUUACAAAUUUUGUUUUACUACCUACGAAAAUUUUUUAUUUACUGAUGUAUUGCA